CGCUGCUGCUGUCCUCAGUUGCUCAGUGGACGCUAACGCCCAGUGUCGCCCGCCGGCUGUUUCCCCGCCCUGCAGCGCUGCGUCGGUCUCGUGCUGCCGUGAUGGAACCUCCGCUGCUGCCACUGAUGUUCGUCCUCGUGGCAGGAUCCGCCGCCCAGUUAGCCGUAGGACCUGUGAGCCUUGCCGAUGGUCAGCACGUCAUAUCCUACGACGAGGGUCCUUCUCCCGACAACAGCCUCAUCCGGUGUCCCUACGCCCUGCAGGAGGGGCAACAGGUGAUCGCCGUCAUCUGGGAGCUGCUGAAGGAGGACAAGCGGGCCGGGAGCUACAAGUGGAGGCCUGGCCGCGGAGGAACGACCACGGGCGUCCUGCGGGGGAAGGUCAACGCGAGGCGCGAGGACAGCGACCUUGAGCUGACGUCGGUUGAGCACGACCUCGCCGGCCUGUACUCGUGCACCGUCAAGACCAGCGACGGAGGCCGAGGCAACGCCAAGGCGCAGAUCCUCGUGGAAGAGCACCAGCUGGACGCCUCCGCCUCGGCCGCCGCAGCCGACUACUCCGUGGCAGGCUUCGUCGUCGGGCCGAUAGCCGUCGGGGACCGCGGGUUCAUCUCGUACGAGGAGGGGCCUUCGCCCACCAACAGCGUCGUCCGGUGCCCCUUCCGCCUGGAGGAGGGCCAGGAGGUGGCCAUGGUGGUGUGGCGCGUGCAGAAGAAGGGCCGCCGCCUGGGAAGCUUCAAGUGGAAGCCCAGCGGACCCAAGACAGCCUUCGGCCUCCUCCGAGGGAAGGUCAGCAUGACCAGACCGGACAGUGACCUCGAGCUGACCUCCCUCAAGUACAACAUGGCAGCCAACUACAGCUGCGUCGUGAGUCUCACAGAUGGCACCAAGGGAACAGCUGAGGACGAGGUGUUGAUCGUGGACACCACGGGCAACGCGCAGUCGCUCGACGUGCGCGAGGACGAGCAGGCGUGCGCGCUGGCGGUGACGGAGAGCACCUACGUAUACCCGGAGCCCCUGAUCAGGAGCGGCAUGUUCUCCGAGCAGGUGGGAGGAUUCUACCAGACCUUCAACAACUGGGAGGUCCUCAAGCACAAGAACGGCUCCGCGACCUACUCUUACCACGACCAUAUGAUAUACGUGGACAGCAACACGCCCACCGACGCCACCUACAGGACCGAAGUCAGCGUCAUGAAGUCCAACGGGGACCUCGUUCCUGUAACUACGUCUUCCAGAAUAUACGUCCCAAGGUUCGAACGGAGCUGCCGGGACCUGGAGUUGGCGGCGAACCAGGUGGUGUCCUACAACUCGUACCAAAGGACCUGCUUCGGAGGCAUCAGGAAGCCGGACGCGGAGCCGCUGCAGGCGGAGGUCACGUGCGCAGACGGUUACAAGCCCCGCGACCACAUCCCGUCCGUCACGAUGACCUGCCAGCACAGAGGAGGCAACGACUACGAGUGGCUUCAUGGGGAACAAGGCUUCGUACCUCAGCAUCUGAUCUGCGUUGUGCCACCUUCGACCACCGAGCCGCCAACGACAACAACAACAACCACAACAACAACAGAAUCUUUCCAGCCUUACAAUGAGCCUGGAUAUGACUAUGGAUACGAUUACAUGCCCCCAGAAUCGGAGUACGACGGAGGCGACGACUACGCGGAGGAGGAGGAGGAGGAGGACCACUACGGCGACGAUGAGGCCGACGGCGGCAACGAAGAGGCCUACGGCGGCGAGCAGGACUACGGCUACGAUGCUUACGAGCCCGAGCCCUUCCCGAGGGGCACUGAGGCGCCCGAGGAGGACCUGGCUGCCGCCCACGACGCUGAGGACGAGCGUCCGGCGGAGGGCGAGCAGGCGGCCGGUACCCACGAGCAGUGCCUCGACUGCGGCUCCGACAUCAUCAUGGAGGUCCAGAGCGGCGCGCGGGCCGCGGGGCCCUCGCCGGGCGCCGCGGCCGCCCUCGCGCUGCUGCUGCUGUGCCUGCGUCGCUAGAGGGCGUCGUCUCGGCGGGCGCGCGCACGCGCGUGUGGUGCGGCUGUGUAUAUAUGCAUGUCUGUAUCCAUGUGUGUAUCCAUGUGUGUACGCAUGUAUAUAUGAGUGUGAGAAGAUACUAUAUGCCUA